AUGUCCUCAUCGUGUGUUCAUAUGCCUAGCGCUCCUGCUGAAAAGAAGAGGUUGCGAAGCUGGUACGCUGUGAUUGCAGAUAAAUGUGCAUUUCCCAGAACAGAUAGCUAUGCUGUGACAGCGGUCACAAUGGGAGCCACACGAUGCUCCGAAUGCCCACUUGAGAAACGAAUGUCUCGUCUUCCUCUUCAGAUGUGCUGUUCAAGAUGCAGUUCUUUUCUUUGUCUAAUGCAUAUGAAGAAGCAUCUACGGGAAAAUCGGCACGAAUUCGCUAUGUCGAUUGAAACGGGUUUCGUGUAUUGUGCGUGGUGCUCCGAUUUUGUCUACAACCGAGUGCUAGAGGUUAUGCGACUCGGAGCUAUGAACAAAUACAGGUAG